AUGACCGAGGAAAAUAAGCAUUUCCAUGAAUUCGGCUACCCAGAUGAACAGUUCGAAACAGUUGUAAGCGAGAACCUACACUGUGCCAUUUGUUCGUGCGUGUUCAAGGAUCCAGUUAUGUGCAAAAACGAGCACUGUUUUUGUCGAGGUUGUAUCACCAAGCAUCUUCAAAAUUACCACACUUGCCCUUCUUGUAAUCAAGAUCUAACCGUGGAAUCGCUAGCAGACGUACCGCGUAUUCUGAGAAAUUUAUUAUCGGAACAAAGAAUUCGAUGUGAUCAUCACGAGCGUGGGUGUGAGGAGAUCGUUCAGCUUGGAAACUUGGCAAGUCAUGUCGCUGUGUGUGGUAAGGCUCCAGUUGUGUGCGCGAAUGAAGAAUGUUCAAGCGAGAUCAACAGAGAGGAUCAAUUUCGACACCAGGGCGAGGAAUGUCGAUUUCGUAAAGUGAAAUGUCAAAAUUGUGAAGAGAUGGGCUCCUUGGUGCAAGAAUUUGGAACGAGUUUGGGUCUCCUUUGUGAGCAUGUUGAGAAAUUGAAUACUACCGUUAACGAAAUGAAAACCGGUUUGACAGCAAUGGAAAACAGGUUAAAAGAAACGGAAAAUGCUCGUUCUGAUCAAGCCAUGGGAAAUGGUCGCAGCUGUGAUCAAGCCACUCAAGAAGAUUCCAAAGAAUAUGGAUAUGUUGUUGCUGGUGGAUAUGACCAGAGCGACCAGCCAAAAAAUUCAGUAGAAGUCUUUGAUAAAACCACCAAUUCUUGGAUAAAGAUGAAACCAAUGAAAAAACAGCGUGCCAAUGCAAGUUCUGUUGUUUACAAUGGCCAUGUCCUUGUCACAGGGGGUAUCUCAGACGGUAAUCAUAUCGUGAGCAGCAUGGAACAGUUGAAAUGCAGUGCCAGUCCAUUUGUCCUACCUUCUUGGUCCAAUCUCAUGGCCAAUUUGCCCAGGCCGUUGACAGGACAUCGCACUGUACAGUAUAAUGGCGUACUUAUUGUUCUUGGCGGUUAUGAUGCAUGUGGUUCUGAUAUGAUUUACGAAAUCCAACUACAUUUUCCUUUCAAUACAAAGGUUUUGGCUAAAUUGCCUCCCACAACCCCCAUCAAAGGCUGCGGUACUGUUUUGGCAAAUGACAAAAUUUUGAUGUUUGGAGGUUAUGAAGUUUACCAAGCCACUGCCAAAGUUACUAUGUAUGACAUAACGAAGAACGAGUUCAAGGAACUUACACCAUUGCCUUACGUAGUGUGCAACAUGGCAACUGUCAAGUGCAGAGAAAAUGUCAUUCUAGCUGGUGGUGCUGCUAACAAAACAAAUAAUAAUAGAAAAAAGACAGUCAUUAGCUAUAAUAUCGAGACAGAAGAGAGCACUGAGCUGCCACCAAUGACGUGGGAACGUUGUGAAUGUUGUGCAAUUGUUGAUGGAAACUCCUUAGUGGUUAUGGGAGGACAUGGUGGAAUGCAAAUUCUACGCUCAGUGGAAGCAUUUGACUUUAAAACUUCCAAAUGGAGUGGUCUUCCUUUAAUGAAUGAGGGAAGGAAGGGAUUCAUUGCAGAGAUUGUGUAA